UUGCGACCGUUCGAGGCACAUCGAGAUGCCUCCCAAGAAGAAGAAGGGAAAGAAGAAAUCCAAGGAGGAGCUUGAGGAAGAGCGUCGGUUGAAGGAGGAAGAGGACGCACGCAUUCGCUUGGAAGAAGAGCGUCGAUUAGAGGAAGAACGAAAACAGCGCGAGGAAGAGGAGCGAAAGCGGCGCGAGGAGGAGGCCAAGAACCGCGCCGCCGAGCUCGUGCGGCUUGAGGAAGAAUACUCUUCGAGUUUGGCGGGGAUUCAAGCGAAGGCAAAUCGGUUGGGCGAGGAAUUGCGCCGCCGCAAGGACCAACACGACUGGCAAAAAUAUCUCGCAUGCGACCCAAAGCCCGACGCCACCGUCGAAAACGACAUCAACGCGUUCUUACACUCGUGGACGCACGAUACCAACAACAGCGACCUCGCGUGGGCUGUUCAAUCGUGCGAAGCCGCGAGGCUCGUCGUCCAGGACUUGCUUUACUUGCACAUGGAGGCUCGGGCCCUGCACCAGGGAUUGCAGCUCGACUUGACCGCUCUGUACUUGCACAAGCUGACGUCGCUCACAACGGAAAAGCUGGACGCCACGACCGCGCACAUGCUUCAGUACGCCGACGAAUUUUUGGACCCCGCCGGCAAAGGCGAAGUCAAGGUCGCGGCCGCCGCGGGGCCAAUAAAGACUGGGGUAUGGAUGAACUUGGUGCCGAAAGGCCUCCGCAACAAGAAGAUCGACUUUGGUGAGCUCGGCGCGACCGUCGACGUUCCCAAGCCCGUCGUGAUGCAGACGCUGGGCGUGCGGUUGUGCUACUUGCCGUACGAUGUCGCGUCGCAAACGGCGCUGCAGAACGUCGACGCUCCUCUUGGGGGAGUCUUUACGCUGGACUUGCUCAAGAUCCCUGCCCCGCCCAAGGGUGCGCGAGGGUGGGUCAUGCGCGAGCUCAGCUCGGAAACCAACGUCAAGCUUGAGUACCCGCUGGAUGGGAUGGUCGCGACCGCAUCCCUGGCGGUCAAGGUCACGCUGCAGCUGCCGACAGACGUGCUGAUCCCGGCCAACCCCCGCGUCGGGUGGUGGAAUGCGGCGGAGCAGACGUGGCAAGAGGACGGGAUCACGGAGGUGUUGUUCGCGGAAGAGACGAACGUGUUGUAUUUCAACACGAUGAAGCUGACGCACUUGGCCGUGGUCCAGCGCCGAAACGUCCACCACGUCAAGCACUUUUGGACGAUGAAGAGUUCGACAGCGAUCGAGGACGGACCGGCGUUUGCCGUCGGCGCGACGGCCGCCGUCCAGUUCGUUCUUCGCAACGCAAUGUACAACACGAUUCACUUUGACGUGACCGACGUUGGCGUCCGCCUCGUUGCCCCUGCCGUGCCCCAACUCGCGGCCCUCAACGCAGCCUACUUGUCGCCGGAAGAACUCGUGACGCGGCUCGCGCUUGCCGGCAUGGACCUCGCGCCGACUGCCAUGGACGACAAACGGUUUGACGUUGUGCCCAAGCUCGCUGUCCUCGAGAAGGCGCUCAUCGCGCAGGUGCUUGGACUGGUCGCAGCGUUUGAGAUCAAGAGCUUGACCGGCGACGAAGACGAAUUGUCGGCGCAGUGGGAGCGGUCAAGCGACAGCCCACGGUGCGCCGUCUUUUGCGUCAAAGAAGUGGUGUGGCCAUGGCUAAACCAGCCCGCGGACACGGUCGACGACAUUGGCGAAUUCAUCCAUGUCCUGGCCGAAGUCGACGAAGAGGCCGCCGCCGAAGUCAAGUUUCGCACGAACGCAACGUCGGUCGACAACCCGUACGACACGUACGUGCACCUGCGCCAGGCGCUGGCGACGCUGACAACGCCCGACGCCAAGGACCGUCUCGACAGCUCCAACUUGCUCCUCGAGUACAACAUGCAAAAGAUGCUGUCGCUGCUUCGCCUGUUUAGCUAUACGAAGCCGCCCAAACGACGGAUCGUGGAAGCGCGGCGAACGUCGUUUGUCCAGGAUUCUCCGACAACGCCGCCGCCGCCGGACGGCGACUCGAUCCGUGCCGAUCUCGUGCCGUCGUCGCAAUAAUUCUCGCACAACGCGCCGUGUGUUUGUCGCCCCGUUCGUUGCAUGCGCUUCCUCUUAGCUCACCACGACGCCAUCGAGCACACAUGCUUCCCACUCGUUGGCCCCUUUCACGGGCCGCAGAGCGCUCUUCCUGCGGCAAUCGGCCGUUGCGAUGAACUCGAGGUUGAUGUCGCGACGAACGACCAACUUCGACGGUUCGAACGGCAUGCAUCGGAAGCGACUGUAGAGAGGAAGCACGUCGUCGUCGUCGUUGAAGUUAACGUACUGCGUGUGGAUUAGAUUUGAAUGUGGCGAACGACGGCUCCGUCCGCGCCGACGGCGUCGUCAGGGAG